GUAAAGUGAAAUUUUGCGGGGUCGUUGUCUGGAGUUAUUCACUCAGAAUAUCAUGGAGCCCCACACGAAAAAUUCUUCAAUCCACUUCCUGCACGCGUCUGUCCACCAAAACACUUCACAGUGAAGCACCUUCCGCUUAAAUUCUCCGUUUUACGGUUACUUUCCCGGGAAACAUAAGCAAAGCAAAAAGAUAAGAUCUUUCUCUCUCAUUUUCCCACUUCUCAAUUUCUUUUAGAAUCCCAACUUUGCACUGGACUUUUAAUGGCAUUCCCACUUCGCAAAAUGGAGCUCCGACCCCUUGGGAACACGGGACUCCGUCUCAGCGCCGUCGGCUUCGGAGCCUCACCUCUUGGCAGCGUUUUCGGACCCGUUUCUGAGUCCGACGCCGUUUGCUCGGUUCGUGAAGCUUUUCGCCUCGGCAUCAACUUCUUUGACACCUCUCCGUAUUAUGGAGGGACAUUGUCAGAAAAGAUGCUUGGCAAGGCACUCAAAGCUCUAAAUGUUCCUCGAAAUGAAUAUAUUGUGUCAACAAAGUGUGGGAGGUAUGUUGAAGGUUUUGAUUUUAGUGCUGAGAGAGUGACUAAGAGCAUUGAAGAGAGUUUGACGAGGUUGCAGCUGGAUUACGUUGAUAUAUUACAAUGUCAUGACAUUGAAUUUGGGUCUCUUGAUCAGAUCGUCAAUGAGACCAUUCCUGCUCUUCAGAAACUGAAGGAAGCUGGAAAAAUUCGUUUCAUUGGUAUCACUGGACUGCCUUUGGAAAUUUUUACGUAUGUGCUCGAUUGUGUGCCACCUGGCUCAGUUGAUGUGAUUCUUUCAUACUGCCACUACAGUAUCAAUGAUUCAACCUUAGAGGAUUUACUGCCUUACUUGAAGAGCAAGGGGAUCGGUGUUAUUAAUGCUUCCCCUCUUGCAAUGGGGCUUCUUACUGAUAGUGGUCCCCCCGAAUGGCACCCAGCCUCACCUGAACUGAAGUCUGCAUGCAAAGCUGCUGCUGCCUAUUGUAAAGAGAAGGGAAAGAACAUUUCAAAGUUGGCCAUGCAAUACAGCUUGUCAAAUAAGGAUAUUUCAUCGGUGCUGGUUGGAAUGAACUCCGUUAAACAGGUGGCAGAGAAUGUUGCUGCUGCCACAGAACUAGCAAUUUUUGGGAAGGAUCAGGAAGCUCUUGCAGGAGUGGAAGCAAUCCUAAAGCCAGUUAAGAAUCAAACGUGGCCAAGUGGAAUACAGAGGAGCUGACAUUUCUGCUUUGCAUCCAUUUGCACCUUGCACUUGGUAAGGCCUAGCCUGCCCAUAUUAUUAAUGGGAGGGUUGAGAAGAUAUUAUCAAUCAAACCCCUGUUUAUUUAUUUGAGAGUCCGUACUAGGAUGAAUGCAAGUUUCUUCUAGCUUUUUAGGCAUAGUAUUAUCAUCUUAUGAGAAGAGGCGGUUUCCCCACAGAAUAAAAUGACAGGCCUAUCAAGGUAUAUGCAAGAAAGAGGAACUCAGUGGUGACAAUAGUCCUAAUCAGUAUUGCUAUAUGAAUACAAAACCCUAUUCCAAUUCUUCGACAAUAUGGUAUUGUCCUGGAUUGUUUGAUUGUGUCUCUUGUUGUGUCUCUGGUGAACUAUUACAGGUGGAGUGCAUUGGAGGACUGUUAUGGUGCGUCACAGUGGUCUAGCCCAGUGCUAGCAGGAGGUUUGUAUCAUACAAAUUUGUAAUUGGUGUUUGCUGUGCUAAAAAUAUUUGUAAUAUUAUCAACUCAACAUCCUGGUACGAGUUAUGACAUUCAUUCUAUUUUAGCUUCAAA